UAUAAUGGUGGUCUUUACCAUUGAAAGUUUCAAAAUUCUUCAAAGGAGGAUCGGACCCAAUUUCAGUUGACCAAUGAAGUAGGUGCUUCUUUGAAAAAAUGGAACAUGAAUCUUCAAGGAAUUGGUGGGUUUGAGCUCAAUUGGAUCUUGCUCUUAUGCUUUUACAGGGUUGAGCUUUUGCAUGCAAACUAUUUGUUGAAAUUUCCAUGUGAAGAAAAAAGGUCUCAUUUUUUUUCAUUUUGUAGCCGAAAACAAUAACAAAAAGUUGUUUUUUUUAACUCGGGUUGUCGAGAAAAACUAGAGUGGUGCUGUUUAGUAAGAUGGUUGAGCCAUAUUUUAAAGCAUGGAAUACCAUGAUAAGUGACUGUAAUGGAGAUUUUAGACAAGAUUAUCAGGCUGUUGCAUCGAUUCUCAAGUCUUGUGCUGGACUGUCAGCUAUAAAAUGCGGGAGAGCUCUUCACGGGAGUAUUGUUAAAAUAGGUCAUGUUUCUUGCCAUGCUGUGUCUAAGGCCUUGCUUAAUAUGUAUGCCAAAUGUGGAGCUCUAGAUGAAAGCAAGAAGCUUUUUGGUGAAAUUGGUAGUUGUAAUGAUCGUGAUCCUAUUUUUUGGAACAUUCUCUUAUCUGGGUAUGCUGGUUCCAGAGUUUAUGAUGCUGAGACUUUGAGGUUAUUCAGGGAAAUGCAUGGUGCUAAUUAUCCGAAGCCUAGUUCUGUUACUGCUGCUAUUGUUCUUCCUGUUUGUGCUCGCUUAGGGGAUGUAUAUAUGGGUAGGAGUGUGAAUUGUUAUGCUAUUAAAUCUGGAUUGGAUACACAUACACUUGCUGGGAAUGCAUUGGUGUCGAUGUAUGCAAAAUGUGGACUAGUAUGCCAAGAUGCUUAUGCUGCUUUUGAUAGUAUUGAUGAAAAAGAUGUUGUUUCAUGGAAUGCGAUUAUUUCAGGGUUUGCAGAGAAUAAUUUGAUGGAGGAUGCAUUUAGAUUGUUUAGUUCGAUGCUAAAAGGUCAAAUAAAGCCAAAUUAUACUACCUUAGCUAAUAUUCUGCCUGUUUGUGCAUCUUUUGACGGGUAUAUUGCUUACUGGUUUGGGAAAGAGAUUCACGGUUAUGUGCUCCGGCAUAACGAGUUGUUAGCGGAUGUUUUUGUCUGGAAUGCUUUGGUAAGUUUCUAUUUAAGAGUUGGACGGGUAGAAGAAGCAGAAUUGCUGUUUCGAAGAAUGGAAUUGAGAGAUUUGGUUUCAUGGAAUGCUAUUAUUGCAGGAUAUGCAUCAAAUGGUGAAUGGUCAAAAGCUUUGGAAUUGUUUCAUGAAUUACUUACUCUAGACAUGAUUGAGCCAGAUUCUGUCACCCUUCUCUGCAUUAUUCCUGCCUGUGCACAGUCUAGAAACUUGCACGUUGGUAAAAUGAUUCAUGGCUAUGUCCUUCGGCAUCCAUUAUUAUGUGAGGAUACAUCUGUCGGGAAUGCUCUAGUUAGUUUUUAUGCCAAGUGUGAUGACAUAGAAGGAGCAUACGAGACAUUUUUUAUGAUUUCUCGGAGGGACCUAAUAUCAUGGAAUUCUAUGCUUGAUGCUCUUGUUGAGAGUGGGUAUAAUACCUGGUUUCUGGAAUUAUUACGGUGGAUGCUUAGUGAAGGAACUACACCUGAUUCUGUUACAAUCUUAAGUGUUGUUCACUUUUGUGUUAAUGUUUUGAAAGAAGACAAGGUUAAAGAGGCCCAUAGCUACUCAAUUAGGCAUGGUCUUUUAGCAUCAAAAUUUGAUGUUGAACCUACCAUUGGAAAUGCAAUACUUGAUGCAUAUGCUAAAUGUGGUAACAUUGAGUACGCAUCUAAAGUUUUCCAGAGUUUAUCAGAGAACAGGAAUUUGGUCACUUUCAAAGCAAUGAUCUCAGGUUAUAUCAAUUGCGGGUUACUUGAUGAAGCAUAUAUAACUUUUAACAGGAUGCCUUCCUCAGAUCUCUCAGUUUGGAAUCUAAUGGUUAGAUUAUAUGCUGAAAAUGAUUGUUCUAGUCAAGCUCUUGGUCUUUUCCAUGAGCUACAAGCUCAAGGAAUAAAACCCGAUGCAGUGACUAUCAUGAGCCUCCUUCCAUCAUGUGCUGAAAUGGCUUCUGUGCAAUUGAUAAAGCAGUGCCACGGAUAUGUGAUCAGGUCUUGUUUUGGUGAUCUCCACUUGGAUGGAGCUCUGCAAGAUGUAUAUGCAAAAUGUGGCAGCAUAGGCUAUGCUUUUAAACUUUUUCAAUUAAUUCCAAAUAAGGAUCUGAUUAUAUUCACUGCCAUGAUUAGAGGAUAUGCCAUGCAUGGUAUGGGAAAGGAAGCUCUUGGGACUUUCUUUCAUAUGAUUGAAUUGGGUAUAAAGCCAGAUCAUGUUAUCAUCACCACUGUUUUAUCUGCAUGCAGUCAUGCUGGCCUUGUAGAUGAAGGAUUAAAUAUAUUUUAUUCUAUAGAGAAGGUCCAUGGAAUGAAGCUAACCAUGGAACAAUAUUCUUGUGUGGUGGAUCUUCUUGCUCGGGGAGGUCGAAUUGAUGAUGCAUUUUCUAUUGUGACUGGAAUGCCCAUUGAAGCUAAUGCAAAUAUAUGGGGGACGCUGUUAGGUGCCUGCAGGACCCAUCAUGAAGUGGAAUUGGGUCGUUUUGUAGCGAACCGUUUAUUUAAAAUUGAAGCAGAGAAUAUUGGGAACUAUGUAGUUUUGUCAAACCUGUAUGCAGCAGAUGCUAGAUGGGAUGGAGUCAUGGAAAUAAGGAAACUGAUGAGGACAAGAGAUCUUAAAAAGCCAGCAGGAUGCAGUUGGAUUGAAGUGGAGAGGAGAAAAAAUGUCUUUGUGGCUGGAGAUACUUCUCAUCCUCAUAGAAUUGAUAUUUACAGAAUAUUAAGUACCUUAAAUGACCAAAUCAAAGAGCCAUUUCAAUUAAAUCAACUGUUAAACUUACAGCUUUCUGAAUGUUAGAUGUGAAAGCAAGUGGAGUUGCCUUGCAAAAGAUGUUACUAUAAUCGGAUAUAAAUUUUCUAAGGCAAAAUUCUGCUGCAUUGAGGUGUAGACACAAUCUCUCUACUUCAUGUUGAUUCAGUUGUUAAACAUGAUCCACUUCAAGUUAAUCUAUUGGAUGCAAUGUUUCCCAACUUCUGUGUCAGGAUCAUGGAAUGAGUUUCUGCUACAGUUUUGAUGAGGCUGCAGGAUCUAAUCUACAAGAGACCUCGUCGCGCACACAAGUACCAGUUAACACAACGUCCUUUACUUCGCAUGACUUGCUUGGGGGGAUGUUAAAGGAAACAAGGCGAGCAACUCUGGUUCAGUGUAACCAGGUUUAGACCGUGGUGAUGGAUGCAGUUUUGAUAAAAUGGUGGAAGGGGAGAACAUGAACGAAGGGGUUCCUGCAGGACUUGGAAGAAGACUCUGAUUACCCGAUGUUGUUGGCGAUGUACUAGGUUUGAAGUUAAGAGGGGGCUUCACUAUCUCUAGCUUGGGCCUUAGGUUCUGCCUUCUUUCAUGGAGUUUAGGUGUUGAUCUCUUUAUGCCUGCAAUCUUUGUUGCUGCUCCUGCUGUUCCUUCUGCUGCAUCACCCUCUGAUGAGCCUGUUAACCGCUGAACAACAUCACGAAAGGCCUUUGUGUCUGUUUGCACAAAUGUAGUAAUAGGUUUACCACCGACUGUGCUCUGGCUUGGCGGCUUCUCCAUUGAUGCUUAUCUCAAUGUACAAGCUUGCUCCCAAGUCAUUUAGGAUACGACCUGAAAAGGUUCAAAUUUGUGAGCUGGAAGCCUCUCAUUUAUGGAAGAAACAUGCAUACGGUUAGGCAGAAUUCAUGCAUCUAAAGAGUGACAUCUAUUACAUCAAAGCAUGUAUAUGUAUAUAUAUAUAUGUAUAUAUAUAUUAUUAGUGAAAGUGCCCAUGAAAUGUUUGGCAGCACCUUGGCUUGCCUAACUCCUUUCAUUUUAGAGCAGUCAAAAGUAUAAACUUUAACUAAAAGACGAAGGUAGGCUUUCAUUGCAGUUGGAUAGGAAUUAUAUAUACCAUGCUUGAGUUACAAUCCAUAGACAUGGAGCCAUAUUUUGGACGUGGCAAUCACAUUUGCCAAUAACAAGUAGCAAUGCCUUUUGCAUGGUGUGUUUGCGUGUCUUGAGACACAUUGUUAUGGGUUCUGGCUUGGUUUUAGGCUUACCUAUUUUCUUUUGACUCUUGAAUGGUUACAGGCAAGUGUUAAUCUCUCUCCCUUCACAAUUUAUAUUGCUUCCUAUCAGUCUCAAAAUCAUGGUUUUGACCAGCAUAAUUCAAAUUGAGGUCCUGUUUUAUCCGGCUCGGGACCUAAUGCAGAAGAUGGGUCAGAUUCUAAGGUAAAAAGAAACCAUACCUCACAGAACAGGCCUCUGAUUCUUCAGUGAUGCAAGGCGGUGAAAAUCCAGCUACUUUCAGCAAGCAACCUUGGAGGAACAGGAUUAAGGAAUGGAAGAAGAGGCUGUAUGUAUGUAUAAAGUGAUGAAAGGGAAGGAGAGAAGCUGAAGGAGAUUAAAUACAAAUGUACAACAAAAAAAGAAGCCAAGGCUGUUUGUUUGACUCACACUCGACAAUCCAGUUAGGACAAACAAAGGGUAGCCUCAAAAUACUUGCUAGGAAUGGAUUCAUUCAUGACAGCUUCCUAAAAAAACUCACUGGUUUUUAGAGAAAUGGUAAUGGCAUUGACUGAUAACUUAGAAACAUUGACUUUU